CAAUGGCUGCCAGAUCCCGUCUUCCCCUCAUCGCCGGCCUCGGUGCCGCCACCUUCGGUGGAUACUACAUGUACAGAGCUGGCGGUAGCCCCAAGGUCGCCGAGAAGCAGAUUGAGCACGACGCCGCCCGCCUCUCAUCAGCAGCAAGAGAUGAGCUGCCCGGCCGCGCCAAGGAGCUCAAGACCGAGGCAAAGGUCUACGGCGAGCAGAUUGGCCAGAAGAUUGAUGGCGCUGUCAAGGACGCCCGCGACAAGACCCGCGAGUUUGACGCCAAGUUCGAGACCUACCGCGCCGACGCCGAGAAGAACAUCAACAAGUACUCAAAGGAGGCCAACAAGGAGUUUAACAGCGCCGUUGACACCUUUGACAAGAAGGUCGGUGAUGCCGCCGCCAACGCAAAGGCUUCGGCCGAGGUCAACGCUGAGAAGGCCAAGAGCGGUUUGUCCAGCUGGUUCGGCGGCAAGUAAACUGCUUGCUUGCUAAACAACUUUGCAAAUGAGUCUCGGAUGGCAUGAACUUUUCUCUUCAAGCACUUCAGCGAUUGUAUAAUAUUAUCAAAGAAACCCCACCGCCAGUUGCGGAAUGACAGUUGAAUAAUAAUCCUACCACUUUCAUCC